GAAUCAACCUGUCGGGCGGGCAGAAGCACCGAGUGGCGCUGGCGAGGGCGGUGUAUGCGCGGGCUGAUGUGGUGCUGCUGGACGACCCACUCAGCGCCGUCGACACUCAUGUCGGCCGCCACCUGUUCACAGAGUGUAUCUGUGGUGAGCUGGCGGGGACCACGCGUGUGCUGGUGACACAUCAGCUGCAGUAUGCAUCGCAUGCUGACGUCAUCAUCGUCAUCAGAGCCGGCCUUGUGACUGCCAUGGGCACAUUUGACGAGCUGCAGGCCAGGGGCGUGGACUUGGCACUGUGGGACGAGAAGCAGCAGGAGCCAGACGAGCAAGGCAAGGCCACGUGGCAACAUGGCCCUGCUGCUGCUCCUGCUACUGCUGUCACUGCUGCGACAGCACCCGAGCCAAUUGCACGCAGCUUAGAGGCAGCACAUAGACCCAGCAGCAGCAGCAGCGGCAAUGGCAAAACAGGGAGGGUGGGUGGUGGAAGUAUCAGCAAUAGCAGUGGCGCUUCAGAAGGCGACAACAACAACGACCUCACACGCCCACUGCUGGCUGACUCCUCCACAUCCACACAUCCAGCAGCCAGCACCACUGCCCCUGCUGCUCGUAGUGGCAGCGCAGGCAGCAGCGGUGGCACUGCAGAGGGUGGGAAGAAGCAGAGGGCGGUGGGGCAGCUGGUGGAAGAGGAGGGGCGAGCAGAGGGCGGGGUGGCAGCAGGCGUGUACUGGGAGUACCUCAGGGCGUGGGGUGGGCGGGCAGGGUGGCUCAUGCCAGUGCUGGUGCUGGCGGUGUUUGGUGUGUCGCAGUCACUCAAAGUGGCCAGUGACGCCUGGCUCGCUCUCGUCUACAGCCUCGCCACUCUGGCCACGGGGCUCCUCUCAUCCCUCCGUGGGGUGCUGCUUGCCUUGGGUUGCCUCACGGCAGCGCGCUCGCUGCACUCCCGCCUGCUCGCCCGUGUGCUGCGCCUGCCCAUGGCGUUCUUUGACUCACAGCCAUCAGGCCGCCUGCUGAACCGCUUCACACGUGACAUGGAGCAGAUGGACCUGCAGCUGCCUGACACCCUGCUCUCCUACCUCUCCUGCCUCUUCCAGGUGGUGUUUGCCAUCGUGGUGAUAGUCAUCGUCACACCGCCCUUCCUUCUGCCGCUCAUCCCGCUGCUCCUCCUCUACCGCCGCAUCCAGACCGUCUACAUCGCGGCCUCGCGUGAGCUCAAGCGCAUCGACUCGCUCGCCCGCUCGCCCAUCUUCGCCCACUUCAGCGAGACCCUCACCGGCCUCUCCACCGUGCGCGCCUUCCGCCGCCAGCGCGCCUUCUCCGCGCGCAACAGCCUCAACCUCGACCGCGCCUCGCAGGCCUACCUUGCAGCCAUGGCGUCCAACCGCUGGCUCGGGCUUCGUCUCGAGCUGAUCGGCGCGUCGAGCGUGUUUGCCACCGCGUGCUUCUGCGUGGUCGGUGGUGUGGCUGCUGCAGCUGCAGCAGCGGCGGCGGCUGGUGGAGGGGGAAGCAGCAGCAGCACGGGCUCUUGGGCUGCUGGCUUUGCGGGGCUGGCGCUGACGAGUGCGCUGUCGAUCACGGGGUACAUGAAUUGGAUGGUCAGGAUGAAUUCUGAGCUGGAGUCGCAGAUGAACGCUGUCGAGCGCAUUCUGGAGUACACCACUCUGCCCACCGAGGCGCCAGAUGUGAUCGAAUCUCGCCGCCCGCCUGCGGACUGGCCGCAGCAAGGAGUGAUAGAGGCAGAGGGAGUGGUGGUGAGGUACCGCCCAGAGCUGUCCCCCGUGCUGAAAGGACUGACCUUCUCCAUUAGAGCAGGUGAAAAGGUGGGCGUGUGUGGUCGCACGGGCAGCGGAAAGACGACGCUAACCAUGGCGCUGUAUCGGAUAGUGGAGCUGAGUGCAGGGCGGAUAGUGAUCGACGGUAUCGAUGCUGCGAGCAUUGGGCUGUGGGACUUGCGGUCGCGCCUCUCCCUGGUGCUACAGGACCCGGUGGUCUUCUCCGGCACUAUCCGGUGGAACCUUGAUCCCUACACUGCUGUUGCAGGGGCCGGAGGAGGGGAGCAGGAAGCGAGGAAUGGGUGGAAUAUGGAGGGGAAGGGCAAUGGUGGAAGGGUGCGAGGGGAUGUGGAGUUGUGGGAGGCGCUGACGCAAGCCGGCGUGGCGGAUGCGGUGAGGGCGUUGCCAGGUCAGCUCGACGCUGAGGUGGCGGAGGGUGGAGGCAACCUGAGUGUGGGGCAGAGGCAGCUGCUGUGCCUGGCACGCGCACUGCUGAGGCGCUCGCAUGUGCUUGUGUUGGACGAGGCUACAUCGAACGUGGACACGGCAACAGACGCGGCGGUGCAGGCAGCGGUUAGGGGAGGGGCGUUUGCAGGGUGCACAGUGAUCACCAUUGCCCACCGCCUGCACACUAUUGUGGACUGCCACCGGGUCAUGCUGCUCGAGGAUGGACAGGUGGCGGAGCUUGAUUCGCCGGCGGCGCUGCUGCAGGAGAGGUCGUCGAGGUUUUCGGCGUUUGUGGAUGCCACCAUGCCAAGAGAAGCUGCUGCUCUGCGUCGAAUUGCUUCGGCAAAGUCUCUGGCGGCGAGCGAGGGAUGA